GAAGCAGAAUAUGGGUCAUUCCAAAAAUGGCGGCGGUUUCUGGUAGUGUGAAGUGAAACUUUCCAAAUAUUGCUGAUAAAACAUAGCUAUUCUUUAAUCUAUUUUAUGAUUGUCUUCGAGCAGAUAUUAAAGUAAUUAUUGUUGGACUACUGCUGUAUCUGACAUCAAGCAACACGGUCGAAUGAAGAUCGCGAACGGUGGGCUUUCCUCAAAGUUGACGCUGUCCUUGCAAAUCAAUGGACAAGCUUCAGGACCUCAGCCAAUCCGAGUUGGAGGAUUUGCUGGACAAUACAGAGCGGGUGGAGUCCAUGGCAUUGGAAUCUGAUGAGAUUCAGAACAUCCAGCUGGAGAGGGAGAUGGCACUGGCCUCCAACCGUAACCUGGCAGAACAGAACCUGGACAUGAAGCCUCGCCUGGAGAGACAGAGAGAACAUCUAGUGGAGAUAUACUCUGAACUGGAGGGAGUCAGAGAGAUCUACAGACAACACUGUGACCAGAAAGAUGGCAUCAUGGGGCAGGUAUCACCAGAGGGGUUGUUCUCCAGACUCCAGACAGAGGGCGCCAGCACAGAGACUGAGUCAGAGAGUCUGGCAGAUGAGUUUCUGGAUGGCCAGCUGUCUCUGGACUCGUUCCUUGACCGCUUCCUCUCCCUCCGCUCCCUCGCUCACAAAAGACGAGUGCGGAUAGAGAAACUGCAGGAGAUCCUGCGCCAGAAGAAGGAGACCGCCGCCGUUGACGCCGGCUCCAUGACAUCACAAACAAGCGCCAAUCAGGACCCAGCGACAACACAGUCAUCGCCAUGGAAUCAUCAUCAUCAUCAUCAUCAAGCUCCUCAGCAACAACAACCGCAGCAGAAUUCCAAUCCCAACAAUCACUCUAGCUUCCAAAACCCCUCUUCCCAAAAUGGCCCUGGCUCCGCCCUACCUUACGCCCCUUACCCUGUCUCCCCUCCUAACCCGACAGCCACUUCCGCAGGACCAGGCCCGUCCAUUCCCCCAGGUCAAUUUCCUCCCUAUCCCAGCCCCGGCUCACCUUUCACCUCAGCGGCGAGCUACUCAGCCCGUCCCGCUUUCGGGCCUCCGGCCAAUGCCUGCCCGUACCCCACCCAGCCCACGUUCCCUGGCGUCCCCGGCUCAGGGUCUGCGUUCGGGCAGUACAGUGCCCCCUACCCUUCUGCGUACCCUUACGGUGGGAUUGAGGGGUAUAGCUACCCCACGGGCCCUGCUCUGCCCAACUCUCAGUCCCCCACAGGCAGGCCAUUGUACAGGCCCGGGUUUGGAGUGCCACAGCCCUACUCCUGAACCUCCCUCUGCUCUCACCUCGUCACUCCUCUCCCACCACACAUUCUCCAGUCUCUCCCUCAUUUUGCUCUCUCGAUCUCUCUCUUUCUCUCUCUCUUUCUUUCUCUCUUUCUUUCUCUCUCUCUCUUUCUCUCUUUCUUUCUCUCUCUCU